AUGCAAAAAGCUCCAUAAUAGCAAAAGUUUAGUACUUCAAAUACUUUGUUUAUCCGUCAUACGAUUUCAUCUCCAAAUGUGAAAUCUAUUAUUUAGGCAGUAGCUACUAUUCUUCACUCUUAAAUGCACGAAGAUUUCUAAUCAGGAAAAGAAGUUCCUAAAGGUUCUGACCUUCAUUUCUUCUCUGAAGAAAAAUAUAUUGAAGAAAAACCAGAAGAGUUCGAUGAAGCUCGUCGUGCCUUGCUUCGUGAAACUCCAUCUGUAGAUAACAUUUAUGAAUUUAUGAAAGCUCUUUAUGAAUGUGCCAAAUUCUCUCCUGAAUGCUGCAUUAUCUGUUUAGUUUACAUUAAUAGAUUGAUUGCAUUCACAGGUUUGCCUCUUUAUCCAACAAACUGGCGUCCUCUUAUCCUUUGCUCUUUAUUAGUAGCACAAAAAGUAUGGGAUGACAAGUACUUAUCAAAUGCUGACUUUGCUUUCAUCUAUCCUUUCUUCGUUACUGAAGAAAUCAAUGCUUUAGAACAAAAGUUCCUUGAAUUACUCUAAUACAAUGUCACUGUAAAAAGUGCUCUUUAUGCUAAAUACUACUUUGAAUUAAGAGCCCUCUUUAAAAACGAAUCUGAAUUCCCCUUAACCCCUCUUGAUGUUGAUCAAGAAAAGGAACUCGAAUCAAGAUCUUAAUAAAUGUAAAACAAAGAAAAAGAAAAAGCAUAAAAGAAUUCUCUCACUUAUAACGAGAAGCAAACCAAAAGACCUAAUGCCUCUCUUAAUGUAUGA